CCUCCAUCGACCAUCGAUCCUCGAUCCUUUGCUCUAUCUCAACAACAACAAAAUACGUGUUGCUGCGGUGCUGCAGUGUGCUUCGGCGACUCAACUCUCUGUCACAAACCUGAAGCAGCAAUAAGCGACCUUAGCAACGGAUUCAGACAAGAAGUGCUUGAGGACGACCCGCGAGCCGAGGCCGGGGUGUUUCGCGACGUUAGCAGAGGGAGUGCCAAACCGUAAGGAUGAGUUUGGUUGAACAAGUUCGUGCAGCUAGGUGGAUCUGCGUGGGAAUAAUCUGCUGUUGGUCAACUCGAUCAGCCGUCGCUGGGGAUGCUAUUGGUACCAAUCCGUUCCAGAAAGGUUGUCUUUACGCCAGCGGCAUUUCGUCCAAGAUCAGGGUGUGUAGCUCAGAUGAUCCUCCUGAAGUUGUGGGAGUGUAUUGCCGUGCCCCACUCGUACAGUACGAUGAAAUCAGAAUCCAACCUGGAAACUGGGAAUCCCCCAUGCUUACCACUUGGAUUGUCCAAGUUCUUCUGUCUGAGAUGCUAGAUGUGCCAACCUCCAUUGAAAUGAGAGCUGCCAAUAUCCCACCACUUAGCAUGUACCAGCCCAACAACUCCAUGCAAUUUCCUCCUGGUGCUUUUGAUUACAAAACCUUCGAAAAGGCACACGAACUAAAGGGAGACUGCAGCAAGGCGGACAGAUCACAAGACAACUACCAAGAGUGUGCCAGUUUCUACCCUGAGUCAUGGGACACUCAAGACAUGGAAAGCACCAACCAAGCCAUUUAUGACGAUCACAUUGAACCGCCUCAGAGCCUUGGCAUGAUUGGUCAAAAUGCUUGGUUUGUGCCUAAGUUCACGGCAUCCAGAGAUUCCACCGUGCUAGAUUACAGGGGUCUACAAGGACCCGAAAAAAGACAAAAACUUGCCGAGCACUUUCACAGACCAACCACCUGGAAAGACUACUGCGAUCAGGUGUCCUCCGAUGGGUGCAGCAGUCCCGACAAUGUAGCAGCUAGGCCGCCACAAAAUCAAGAUGAAGAGCAACACUUCUUUCACAGUGGUGGCAUCUACACAGGACACUUUCGACCAACCGACAAAAACAAUUGCACCUUACAUCCGGACUCCUGCACGGGAUUCUUUGCGGACUAUCCUUGUGAGUGGGGCAGUCCAGUUGCCACGCAGCUGUACAAUCUGGAUAUUGCUCUGGAUGUCGAUCUGGAUGUUCAUCCAGGAGGUCUCACACAUGGCCAGUUGACCCAAAUAUGGAGGGCUGCUAACGCCACCAAGUCGGACAUGAUUGGAUAUUGGUGGCAUCCGGAUGUAUUUCCUUCCGAAUUCCUGGCUUCUCCAGCGGAAUUCACCCACGUCAGCUUGCCUCCGCCAUCAGUGGCGUGUAUGAGUGCCCGUGAGGGUGUCAACCUAUUGCACUGCGAUGCGGAUGUUGAGAAACGAAUUGGGUCAGCACUCACCGUCUGCGAUGACCCUCCCAUGCUGCUCUCCAAGCUCUUGAGCACCACCAUUUUCGACAGCAUCAAGGAUCCCACUCUCCCACAAGGGAUCGUUUCUCCUAGUCAUUCCGUAUUGGCAAACUACCGAUUAUCUUCCAUACAAUUGGACGAAAUCUUCUUUAUCUGGAAUCGACGGGGUGAUGCCCGGGAAGCCGUGUGUGAGUGGAUUGUCGACAACAUGGACCAUUUGGAGGAACUGGUCCCGCGGACGUACCCACGAGCAUUCCAAAAGAAGGAUCAUGCCCCACUCAUGUACGCUUCUACUCUUCUGGGUGCCAUUGUGGUUGUAUUGGUUUUGGUGACUCUUUUCUUGGUGCACCGAAAUCAGAACCGCCGUUCUGUCAAGUAUUCACAGAUUGAGUUCCUGGUCUUGUUGCUGGUUGGGUCCCUUUUUAUUGGCAUGGGGGCCAUUGUCAUUGGAAUCCCUUCCACGAAUGCCUCCUGCAUUGCCGAGGUGUGGUUGAUCAACAUUGGGUAUACACUGGAACUGGUUCCUCUGAUUGUCAAAGUGGCUGCGGUGAACCAUAUCAUGAGUGUUGGCAAGAAAAUGCGCCGAUCUCGGCUCGAUCGACGCUACUUGUUUGGUGUUGUGGCAACAAUCUGCACCCUAUUGGUUAUCUUUCUCAUUUUAUGGUCCGUACUGGAUACGCCCAAAGUCAUGCAGGAAUACGAACUGACAGAAACCAAAAAUGAAGAUGGGGAAACGAUCGUGUGGGUCUUGGAUGUUUGUGGCUCCGAGUCCAAUGCUUGGGUAAUCAUCAGCGUUGGGUGGAACGCACUGCUCUUGCUAUGUACAACAACCUUGGCUGUGCAGAUGAGGAAAGUGGGAAUGGAAGGCUUUCGUGAGACAGGAACACUAGCUCUGCUUGUGUACUCCCAUUCUGUCUUUGUGUCCCUUCGGCUCUUUACCUACCUCCUGUCAUCGGUGAUGAAGGAAUAUUUCUGUCCUACUGCCGCAGCUUUCUGUUCAGUGUGGACACCCUUUCCACCCUUGUCAUCUAUUUUAUCCCUAAGUUGUUUGGCGAGGAUAUUCAACGCCGGGGGUCAACAAUUAGCAUUGCUUCCCUACAAUGGACUGCCAAUCUCAGUGGAUGCACCCCCAUGGAUUCAAAACAACCGGGAUCAUCUGAUGGCUGCAAGAGUGGAGUGACGAGCCAUUUUCAGGACAUUUGAUGACAUCGACUGCUAAGAGCAAUCGACCAGGGAAAUCAGUAGAAGUCUGCGUGACAUCUGCAUGGGGAGCACUAGGCGGCAAGACAGCAUCCAAGAGAUGCCACACGAUAUUGAUCUUGAUAUGGACAAUCCCUCCUCUGUUGUUUUGGACAUUAAGCAAAGCGAGGCAAGCGCUGUAGAAGAGUUUUUCGUUGAGACUGGCAAUCUCGACGAUGGCAACCAGAGCGGGUCUUCAAGCCCCCUACAGGAGCAACCUCAAAGAGCGGACGCAACCAGAGUGAGUAAAUCAGAAGGCAGCGAUAUCGGACAGUGGCAGCUAGAGGAAAGGAUAAGGCUUCUAGAGAAGCAGAAUGAAACUCUGGAAAAAGAGAUUACCCACUUCAGGAGAAACCAAGCCAAGGACAAGACUGAAGAUGCAAUGCAAUGGUAGCCAGGAGCUAACAAUGCCAUUUAACAUUAUUUGAGUCUAACGUUUUGUACAUGUACGCGU